AUGUUGAGUAUUGGGAAUGGAUCUAAGUCCGUUUUACUUUAUGCAUGUCCACAUCCGAAUGAACCAAUUGGUUCGCUGUUGGUAGACUUUCUACUUGAUGCUCUUUUCGAACAUACAACAUUGCUCAUGAAAUAUACCUGGCAUUUAUUGCCAUGUGUCGAUCCGGAUGGAACGAGACUCAAUGAAGGUUGGUUUGCGGGUCCAUUUACUAUUCGUCACUAUGCACAAUAUUACUAUCGACCAGCAGUGGAAGAACAAGUUGAAUGGACCUUUCCGAUCACGCAUAAAAAAUAUAGCUGGAACAAACCACCGAACGAAACGCAAGCAUUGAUGAAUGCAAUUCAACUCGCUCAACCAGAUUUUGUUUAUGGCUUACAUAAUUCCGGCUUUGGUGGAAUGUAUUACUAUAUUAGUCCUCCUAUGUUUGAUAUAUUUCCUGAAUUAGAACGAUUGCCAUCUCUACUAGACUUGUUUCUUGCAACAGGUGAACCGGAAACUCCUUGGAUUAUUCAAUUUGCACCUGGUAUCUUUAGACCAGUAAGCCUACGCACGGCGUAUGAUUAUUACGAAAAGUAUGCGACUAGCGAUCCUGUAACUAUAAUGAGUGGAGGUGGUACCACUUUUGACUAUCUCGAAGAUAUUGGCUUGAACAACAGUAUUUUUCUUAUGGCUGAAUUGCCACAUUUUCAAUCAUCUGCUGCCGCGAACGAUACGAUUAUUCCGAAUAUGACACGCCGUGAUGUUCUAUUGUUAGGUCUUGAUAGAGAUGACGAAAGUAGUGCAAUUCUUGUGAACUUAGUCAAGCGCAUCCAAGAUAUGAUGACACUUGAGUCACCCUUCUAUCGUGCAUCGUGCUCACUCUUGAGUCUAUAUAAAACACGUGCAGCUGGUCUUCGCCAAGCGCUUAUCAAUGACAAUUCAACUCUUAUACCAGCUACAGUUGCUAGAUAUGUAGACGCAGUUUAUAUUUCGAUGUUCUACAAAAUGCUUGUUGCUAGCAUGUUCAAUCGUGCAAUUUUAUUGCAACUCACUCAAUCAUCGUCGAAUGUCAAGAUACUUGAGGAUGCUCAUAUUGAACUUGAAAGCUAUCUCACUAGUUGGAUUAGCGAUAUUGAGCAAAACUUAUCAUAUUCGCCGAUUUCUAUUCGUAAAGUUGUGCAAGCUCAACUCGGAGCGAUGUUAGCCGUUCUACCGAAAGUUUAA